GAGAAGAUUAUGUCACAUGGUGCAGCAGGGCACUAAUCAGCUGACAGGAAGGGUUAUACCUGCUUUCAAAACAUGAGGUUCCGGUUCUGUGGUGACUUAGAUUGCCCUGACUGGGUUUUGGCUGAAAUCAGUACCUUAUCCAGAAUAUCAUCAGUUAAGCUGAAGCUGAUCUGUGCCCAGGUACUAAAGAAACUACUUGGAGAACAAAUUGAUUAUGAGAAAAUCAUCAAACUGACAUCAGAUGCUCGAUUUGAAUCAGGGGACAUCAAGGCUACAGUUGCUGUUCUCUGCUUCAUUCUUUCAAGUGCAGCUAAGCAUAAUGUGAGCAGUGACAGUCUGUCAAGUGAGCUGCAGCAGCUGGGACUGCCCAGAGAACAUGCUGCCUCUCUGUGCCGAUCAUAUGAGGAGAAGCAAAAUGCACUGCAGGAGACACUUAGGGAAAGCAGCCUGCGCUUGACACGUAUAUCCUCAUUGAACUGGCGUGUAGAUCAGAUCCUUAGUUCCAGUAUUGUGAAGCAAGUGAAUGAACCCCUUGUGCACCUUAAUCUGAAUGUGACAGAUGCAGGAUGCAACCAACCUCUUACCAUGACUGUUUCUGCUUCCAAACUCCGUGUCCUUAUAACAGAACUGAAGCAGGCUCUUGAGAUGAUGAAUGCCCUGAAUUAAGACCAGAUCAGUGGCUCAGCCAGCUUUAUGGGUCACAGUCAACAGAUGGAGAAAAACUGCAGCAAGAAUGGCAUCAACAGGUGUACUUUUACUGGGCAGAGCAGAAUAUAUAGAGCAGCAUUUCAAAACAAGCUCAGUACAAAGUGAACUGUAGCAGACCCUGCAGUUAUGCCUUUCUUUUCAAAGGGACAUUAUACCUGCCAGUUAUGGCAGUUUUGAAAACCAUAUACAUUUCUCCUGUCUUUUUCAUAUGUAAAAUGCUUUGGUAAAACAAAACAGCAUUCUACCUUUUGUUAAAAACUUUCCCAACAUAGGCCAUCGUUUCAAUGUUCUUUGUAUGAGGUUACCUGGACGGAGCCAGCUAUUGCUGUUCUCCUUUAUGUACAUAGACAUACAUCAUGCAAGUAAACAGCACCCUGCCAACCCAAUACUCCAUAACCUUUCCCAAUAUAUUUUACUACAAAUAUAUAGACCACACUAGAAAUUAGUGCUUCAGAGCCUUAAUUGUGUCAGUGCACAUAGUUAUGAUGUCACCCAGGGUGACCGACAUUGUAGGGCAUACUAUUACUAUUUCUACGGAGUUCGUGUAAAUACAGUCUACAAGAACUGCAGCUGCAGCUCUCGGAAUUCUCGGUCUUAUCCCCUACUACAUUUGUGUUUUCAUCCUGAUGUUUCCUUUUUAUAAUGUUUUAAGCUUGUAUAUAUGUAUUUGAAUAUGAUGAUUUGCUGGUAUUAUUACAAUCAUAAACUGUCUAUUAAUUUCUGAA